AUGGGAGAGCAGAUUAGAGACAGCGACACCGCUGGAGCAGUCGCAGUCUCGCAGCACAAGCUAAGCGGCGAGCAGAGUGCAACGGAUACGUCCGGCUUGAAGACGGAAGGUCAGGGAAGUGCCAGCUCCAUCGGGUACAGCGGAUGGUACGAGGGGGGGAUCUUCGAGUUCCUCAUCUCCUUUCCGAACGACUACCCGCGGUCGCCCCCUCAGCUGCGCUUCGUCCCUCCGCCGCUUCACCCGCAGAUCGCGGCGGACGGCCUGCUUGUGCUCGACGACGUGCGUCCGCCGCUCCAGGAGAUCCAAACCCCGCAAUCCGCGCAGCGGAACCUGUCAAGCGGCAAGGGAGGAGCAGCGGGCGGCGGCCACGUCAUCCCGCUGCUUUUCCACGUCCACCGCAUGUUUCAAACCCUCCGACCGUGGGCCCCGAACCAGAACCCGCUUCGACUGAUGAACGGUCCAGAUUCAAGCGCCGCUAUCAUCGCGUGCGCCGGGAAUGGCGGAGAACUUGCGGGAGAGGGUCACGGGUGGGAGGGUGGAGAAGAAGGGGCAGGCGGGAGGGGAGACGGGGCAGCUGUGGGCAAUCCCGCAGCUGCUGCCAUGUUAGCGCAUGCGCGAGACGAUCUGUACGCUGCCGUGCGCCGGUCUGCCCAGGAGCAGCGGUGCGCGGAGCAGCAGGCGCAGAAGGAGGAGAUGAUUCAGCGGGUGUUGGCGGGUGAACGAGGGCGGGACUUGUGGCGUAGUGUGAUGAUGACCAAGUGA